AUGGUUCAAUUGUUAGUUGCUUCUUUCUGUUCUGAAGAGAAGGUGAUGGAAUUGUAUAAGCAAAAAUGCGAAGGACCGAUUAAGACAGGCAUAAGGCGAGGGAUAGUAAGCGGAUUUGGUUUCGGAGUAUCAUUCCUCGUGUUGUAUGCAGUUUAUGCAUGCAAUUUUUAUGCUGGAGCGUGUCUCGUUGAGGAUGGAAAAUCUUCAUUCUCAGAUGUUUUCCGUGUCUUUUUUGCUUUAAGCAUGGCAGCUAUAGAACUUUCUCAAUCUGGAUCGUUGGUACCUGAUUUAACUAAGGAAAAAAGUGCAGCUGCUUCUAUAUUUAUGUGA